AUGAGUCGGCGACAAAAUCCAUCGGAAUUCCUCAAGAAAAUCAUUGGAAAACCAGUUGUUGUGAAAUUGAACUCGGGCGUUGAUUAUCGUGGAAUUUUGGCGUGUUUGGAUGGGUUGGUUUUUUUCUGAUUUCGCGAAAAAUUCUCAAUUUUUUCAUAGAUUCAUGAAUAUUGCUCUCGAACAAACCGAAGAAUAUAGUAAUGGUCAAUUGCAAAAUAAGUAUGGAGAUGCUUUCAUCCGAGGAAAUAACGUGUUAUACAUCUCAACUUCAACUAAAUGA